CUCUGACAGGACCAUGGCCCUGAUGCAGGCUCCAGUGGGCCCCAGCCCUGGGCAGACCUGCGCACUGAUCCUGAUCUUCACAGUGCUCCUGCAGGCCCUCUGUGUGGCCGUGACUUACAUGUACUUCACCAACGAGCUGAAGCAGAUGCAGGACAAGUACUCCAAAAGUGGCAUCACUUGCUUCUUAAAGGACGAUGACAGUUCUUGGGAUGCCAGUGAUGACGAGAGUAUGAUCAACCCCUGCUGGCAUGUGAAGUGGCAACUCCGUCAGUUUGUUAGAAAGAUCAUUUUGAGAACCUAUGAGGAAGCCAUUCCUUCAAUUCCAGGUAAAAAGCAACAGAAUAUUCCUCACCUAGAAAGAGAAAAAGGUCCUCAGAGGGUAGCUGCUCACAUAACUGGGACCAAUCGGAAAAGCACAUUCUCAGUUCUAAGCUCCAGGAAUGAAAAAGCUUUGGGCCAGAAAAUAAAUUCCUGGGAGUCGUCAAGAAAAGGACAUUCAUUCUUGAAUAAUUUGCACUUGAGGAAUGGGGAGCUGGUUAUCCACCAAACAGGGUUUUAUUACAUCUAUUCCCAAACAUACUUUCGAUUUCAGGAAACUGAGGAGGUUUUGGGAACAGUUUCAACAGAAGAGAACAGAAAGAAAAACAAACAAAUGGUACAAUAUAUUUACAAAUGCACAAGCUAUCCUGACCCCAUACUGCUGAUGAAAAGUGCUAGAAAUAGUUGUUGGUCUAAAGAUUCAGAAUAUGGACUCUAUUCCAUCUAUCAAGGUGGAAUAUUUGAGCUUAAGGAAAAUGAUCGAAUUUUUGUCUCUGUAACUAAUGAGCAAUUGAUUGACAUGGACCAAGAAGCCAGUUUUUUCGGGGCCUUUUUAAUUGGCUAA